UUCACACGCCACAUAUUAUCUCUCCCGCCUAAUCCUCCGCGUUCCCCACCCACCCCCACGCGCCGAUCUUCCCUUCCUCUCAAGAAAACUCCAAACUAACCAAAACCUCCACGUCCAUCCAUCUCUCUCGAAAUAUCUUAUCUAUGGCUGCUCUCCACACGUUAGUCUCCUCCACUCGUCUCUCCGUCUCCCUCCCGUACCAUCACAAGCUACCCACGCGCCGCCGUUUCCGUUUGACGUUAGCAACUCUUGCCUCAUCGUCUCCUCCGGAGUCGUCAGAAUCAUCUAACUCUACCUCGAUCCCCGUCGCCAACGGGAACACGUUGUCAAACUCUUAUGGAACUCGCGAUAAGGUUGUGGAUGAUAAGAACACUCUCUUUGCUCGCUUCUUUCGUUCCACCGAGUCUAACGUUGAGAGGAUCAUAUUUGAUUUCCGGUUCCUGGCGCUCUUGGCGGUAGGAGGUUCGUUGGCUGGUUCGCUACUCUGCUUCCUCAAUGGAUGUGUCUACAUCAUCGAGGCAUACAAAGUCUAUUGGACUAACUGUGUCAAAGGCAUCCACACCGGCAAAAUGGUUUUACGUCUAGUCGAAGCUAUCGAUGUUUAUCUGGCUGGGACAGUUAUGUUAAUAUUUAGUAUGGGUUUGUAUGGACUCUUCAUCAGCAACUCACCUCCUGAUGUCCCUCCGGAAUCCGACCGUGCCCUUAAAGCCUCUUCACUCUUUGGAAUGUUUGCCAUGAAGGAGAGACCGAAGUGGAUGAAAAUCAGCUCACUGGACGAGCUGAAAACCAAAGUUGGACAUGUUAUUGUAAUGAUUCUUCUAGUGAAGAUGUUCGAAAGAAGCAAGAUGGUUACUAUAGCCACAGGAUUGGAUUUGUUAAGUUAUUCCGUUUGUAUCUUCUUGUCCUCUGCUUCUCUUUAUAUCCUCCAUAAUCUCCAUAAAGGAGAGAACUGAGUGUACUCUCCCUCCAUUUGUACAGAACCAAAUCCAAUAUAUAUAUAUAACUUUUGUUCUUA